ACGCUCUGUACCCUAGGGCUGAAUUACAGAACAGUGUUCUAAAUGCUCUCUCUUGUUGUAUGUAAUGUUCGGCCUUGCAUUCACACGUGUACUGGCGCGCCCCAAGUGAUAACCGAGGUGUAAUUACAUUUGAAACUGACAUGAUCUGUUCAAGUCUGUUGUUCUGGUUUCUUGCACAAUUUAGUUCUUGUCGAACGCCGGUGAAGUAGCCAUUAGGGGUCGAGCUUCACAUUUGAAUCUGCAAGAAUUCGGAAUCAGAGGAAUACUGUAAGUGCGUACGCGAAUCUGUGUUGAAAAUGUUCUGUAAAUCCUUAUUGCGAACUGGAAGUCUCACAAUAUGCAGAACCCCCACGGGUUUUGGAGCGAGUUCAGCGGCUGUAUCUCUUCUCAAAAACAACAACGUGAAAAGACACUGCUCAUCAUCCAGCGAUUUAGGGAAUAACACAUUGAAAACGAUGGAGGAGUUGCACGGGCCAAGCUUUCUCACGUCUUUGUACUGGCUCUUCGGCAAAGGCUAUUUUGACAUAACGCACGAAAUGCAAAUUGAGCACAAAAAGAUCUAUGGCCCUCUGUGGAAGUCCAAGUACGGUCCACUGGUGGUUGUGAACGUGGCGUCGGCAGACCUGAUCGAGCAGGUGCUCCGACAGGAGGGCAAGCUCCCAGUCCGGAGUGACAUGCCUCACUGGAGAGAGUACCGGCAGCUGCGCAGCCAAGCCUACGGGCCCCUCACGGAAAUGGGGCCUGAAUGGCAGCGUAUCCGCAGCAUACUGAACCCCAGGAUGCUGAAGCCCAGGCACGUGUCCAACUACUCCCCUGCCAUCAACCAGGUGGUGACGGACUUCAUCCGGAGGAUUCAGUGGCUCCGGGAUGAGCAAGGGGACGGGCUCCUGGUCAGCGACAUGGCCGGGGAGCUCUACAGGUUUGCAUUUGAAGGUAUUUGCUCAGUCCUGUUUGAAACCAGAAUGGGCUGCCUUAAUGACCACGUCCCUGAAGAAACGCAGAAGUUCAUUGAGUCCGUGGGCGAGAUGUUCCGCCUGUCAUCGGUGGUCGUGCUCUUUCCCAAAUCCCUCUGGCCCUACCUGCCCUUCUGGAAGCACUUUGUGGUAGUCUGGGAUCAUCUCUUCAGAAUCGCCAAGAUGCUGAUUGACAGCAAGGUGAAGGAGAUCCAGGGAAAGAUGGAGAAGGGGGAGCCUGUGGAAGGGGAGUACCUAACCCACCUGCUGACCAGUGACAAGAUGUCAGUGACAGAGAUCCAGGGCAGCAUCACAGAGCUGCUGCUGGCUGGGGUGGACACGACAUCCAACACCAUCUCCUGGGCUCUGUACCACUUGGCUCGAGAACCGGAAAUUCAGGAGACGCUUUACGAGGAAGUGAAGAGUGUCUGCCCGGGAGACAAAAUACCAGCGGCCGAAGACAUUGCCAAGAUGGCGUGGUUAAAGGCAACAGUUAAAGAAACGCUACGGUUGUAUCCAGUGGUUCCAGGUAAUGCGCGGGUCAUUGUCGAUAAUGAAAUAGUAGUCGGGGGAUAUCUGUUCCCCAAGAAGACCCUUUUCCACCUCUGCCACUACGCCGUGUCCUAUGAGGAGAGCAACUUUCCUGAGCCGCAUGUCUUCCGCCCAGAGCGCUGGCUUCGCGGGGAGGACAGGCUGAAGCAGCACCCGUUCGGCUCCAUCCCAUUCGGGUUUGGAAUUCGGGCCUGUUUGGGGAGGAGGGUGGCUGAGCUGGAGAUGUACUGUGUGCUUUCAAGGCUGAUUAAACAGUUUGAAGUGCGUCCGGAUCCCUCUGGGAAGACAGUGAAGGCAAAGACCAGGACGCUGAUGGUUCCUGGAACUCCGAUCAACCUGCAGUUCCUGGACAGGAAAUAGAGGAACCCUUUUGUGUGUGUGUGUGUGCGUCUCUAUUUUUAAUCAUUGAAUUUAAUUAGCACUUUAUAUAUAAAACUGAACAGACUCACAGCAUUAAAACAGUCUGAAUAAUCCUAUACAAUCGAAGCACGUAAUAUGUAUAGUUAACAAUGUGGUGCAUUGCUAUUGCAGUGUCACUGAAUGUCCAUGUGGUGCAUUGCUAUUGCAGUGUCACUGUAUGUCCAUGUGGUCAGGAGAAACUCCCAUUGUGUUCAUUUAGGAUGUUGCUUAAAUUAUCCUUUUCAAUCAAUCAAUCAAUUUUAUUUUUAUAUAGCGCCUUUUGCAACAGGUCGCCACAAAGCGCUUUACAAAGGCAAAAACAAUACAUAUUACUGAAGAACAGUAAGCAUUUAAAAAAAGAACAGAAUAAAAAUAAAACAGAAUAUAUAAGCUGUAUUAUAAAAAUAUGAUUUGAAUCUAGAUAAAAAAAAUAAUAAAUAAAUAAAUAAAUAAAUAAAAAACAGUGAGAACAAUAUGGGGGCAAGAGGAUAUCGGCUCAUCUGGAUGAAAAUGCCAGGCUAUAGAAAUUGUUUUUUAGUCUAGACUUGAAGACAUUGACUGAAGGGGCUUCUCUAAUUGUGAUGGGCAAGUUGUUCCAUAAUUUAGGUGCUAUAUAACUAAAAGAUCUACCACCUGAAGUUUUUUCUGAAUAAUAGGUACAGACAGUCAGUCAGCAUCCAGUGAUCGGAGCGGGCGAUUGGGGACAUAGGGUUCCAAAAGAUCUUUAAGGUGUGGAGGUGUGAAACCAUUUACAGCCUUAUGUUAAGCAACACAUUAAAAUUUAUUCUAAAACUAACUGGUAGCCAAUGCAAAGAUGCCAGCACUGGGGUGAUGUGCUCUCGCCUCUUGACCCGAGUUAAAGUUUGAGCUGCAGCAUUUUGUACAAGUUGUUGUGGUUAGUACCAAUGAAAAGACCAUUGCAGUAGUUCAACUACAAACAAGAAAGCUGUUGUAUGAAUCUCCUGCGAGUGUCUGAUGAGUUAAUACUAAGAGCCCUCCUUACCUCUCCGCUGCAGAGCUCUUUCAGUUGAAUAGUAAGACGUUCCUCUGAACCGUAUGGUUUGCGGUUCAUGCCCAGCCCUUUCCUUUCCAUUCAAUUCAAUGAUCUGAGACGCCAAUUCAUUCCACUGCCUCCUAACAUUUUCUUUAAUGCCAUUUCUUACACUUAGCACCGUUGUAUACUUUAAUCAUUUUAAUUGACAAGUUAUUGAACAUGUAUUGAUUUUAUAUAGAUUCCUGUGCCUUGAGAGCAAUGUACAGUAAAUGCAAAUGGUCUCUGUUGAAAAUCAGAAGUGUGUGUGUUGAGGUGUGAGUAGAGGCCAGUGUUACCAUAGGCUAUUUCUAUUGGGUAUAAACAGUAAUACCGUCCUAUGUUUUAUAUUGUUUUAACACAAACGAAUGAAUGCUUAAUACAUGAAUCAAUCAAUAUAUUAAUAAAGUAUAUUUUACAAGUAA